AGAUAUGACGUUAUUUUUAUGCAAAAGCAGUAUAUGUGAAUCAUACAAAAGAAGAAAAACUAAGCACAACAUAGAUUGACUUAAAAUUAUAAAGAGCUUGGAAGGUAAAACAAAAUUUUUGUCAUUUGUAAAAAUAAAACAAAGGGAAAGGAAAAUUCUUACUUUGGGAAGCAAGCAAGCGAAACAAACUGGGGAACGACAUGUCUACGUCUGCUAUGGAAAAACACCUAUUCAAUCUAAAAUUCGCGGUGAAAGAACUUGAACGCAAUAGUAAACGAUGUGAAAAAGAAGAAAAAUUAGAGAAAGCCAAAGCGAAAAAAGCUAUACAGAAGGGUAACAUGGAUGUGGCUAGGAUUCAUGCCGAAAAUGCUAUACGCCAAAAGAAUCAAGCCGUUAAUUAUCUACGUAUGAGUGCAAGAGUAGACGCAGUGGCUAGUAGAGUACAAUCCGCACUAACUACACGCAAAGUUACUAGUUCUAUGGCAGGCGUGGUUAAGGCCAUGGACGCUGCUAUGAAGGGUAUGAACUUAGAGAAAAUCUCUUCUCUGAUGGAGAAAUUCGAAUCUCAAUUUGAGGAUUUAGAUGUACAAAGUUCGGUAAUGGAAAACACAAUGUCGGAUACAACAACAACUUCAGUGCCACAAGGCGAUGUUGACAAUUUGCUGCAGCAAGUAGCGGACGAAGCAGGAUUGGAAUUAAAUAUGGAACUGCCUAGUGGUGUGCAAAGUUCAGCCGUUGGUACAGCCACUCAGGUGUCCCAAGAACAGGACGAACUCACUCAACGUUUAGCCCGCCUUAGACAAGCUGAAUAGGUUAUCUCCUGAACAGUAUUUUCCUAAGAGUGAAGUGUUAUUUAGAGUUCCCGGGAAAUCUUUCUGCAAUCUAUUUUCUAUUAAUUGUUUCUAUCGCUUAGUUAUUUUAAGUAAAGUCUAAUAAAACAUACAAAACACAAGAAA